CCCACGCCCUCGGUGACGUCACGACGUGCGAGGCAGAACGCUGAUGGUAACCGGAGCAGUCUGUUCUCUCUCUCUGACCGAAUAACGGACAUUUCUCUCAGCUGCUUCUCUGUCAUCGCGCGCGUCUGUGUAUGUGUGUGUUUCUCUCCACACAGUGAGCAGCUCAGUCAAAGACCAAAGACCAUGUCUGUGGCAGGACUGAAGAAACAGUUCCACAAAGCGACGCAGAAAGUGAGUGAGAAGGUUGGGGGAGCAGAAGGCACCAAGCUUGAUGAUGACUUCAAGGAAAUGGAGAAGAAAGUGGACACUACAGGCAGAGCAGUGCUGGACAUCAUGACCAAAACUACAGAAUAUUUACAACCAAACCCAGCCUCCCGAGCAAAGUUAAGUAUGAUAAACACCAUGUCUAAGAUACGAGGGCAGGAGAAAGGGCCGGGCUACCCUCAGGCUGAGAGUGUGCUUGGAGACGCUAUGCAGAAAUUUGGCAGAGAACUCGGAGAGGAUUCCAGCUUUGGUUUGGCUCUGAUAGAUGUUGGUGAGACGAUGCAUGAACUUGGAGAGGUGAAGGACGCUCUGGACAUGGAGGUUAAACAGAACUUUAUUGACCCAUUGCAAAAUCUACAUGACAAAGACAUUAAAGAGAUACAGCACCACCUGAAGAAGAUGGAGGGAAGGCGUCUGGACUUUGACUAUAAGAAGAAGCGUCAGGGCAAAGUGACAGAUGAAGAGAUCAAACAGGCGCUGGAGAAGUUUGAUGAAUCAAAAGAGAUCGCUGAGCAAAGCAUGUUCAACCUGCUGGAAAGUGAUAUCAGGUGAGCAGUGGCUGCCCUGGUUAAAGCUCAGCUGGAUUAUCACAGACAGGCCACUGAUGUCCUCCAGCAGCUCUCCAGCAAGAUGGAGGAGAGGAUAAUGGAGGCCUCCAGUAAGCCAAGAAAAGAAUACAUUCCUAAACCACGCAUGGAGCUUCAGCUGCCCAGUGAAACGCACAAUGGAGGAAUACACACUGCUAAGUCACCUGCUCGCUCCCCAGCUCCUCUGGAUCAGCCAUGCUGUCGUUCUCUGUAUGACUUUGAGCCAGAGAACGAGGGCGAGCUGGGCUUUAAGGAAGGCGACAUCAUCACACUGACCAAUCAGAUUGAUGAUAACUGGUAUGAGGGGAUGAUCCACGGCCAGUCGGGAUUCUUCCCCAUCAACUAUGUCGAUGUCCUGGUUCCUCUGCCUCAUUAGGCUCUGCCAUUUGCUAUGCUCCACCCACUUCAUCACCAUUUUCUCCUAAUGAUG